UUCGAAAUAAAUAUCCCCUUCCUUCCUUCCUCCGCCUCCCCCAAAUCCAUUCCCCUCCCCUCCCUUUCCCGAUCAGUAUUUCCACGCCGCCACCGCCAUGGAUCCGCCCAAGCGAGCUGUCCCCCAAGGUUCCCCGCGACGAAGCCCCAGGGCCAUGGAGGGCGACGAGAACGCGGCCCCGAGGCACUCCGCCGCGGCGGGGCCCGCGUCCCCGCAGAGGAAGAAGGUUCUGGGGGAGCGGAACGGCGCCGGCCGCGGGCAGGAGGGCGCCGCGUCGGCCGCCAAGGCCGCCGCGCUCACCCCGCCACCUCCCACCGGGGGGACGGGGACGGGGACGUACGACCCGAAGACGAACUACACCACGCCGCGGCCGGACUUCCUGCGCUACGACCCCAAGCGGAGCCGCGAGAUCAUCCUCCGCCUGGGGCGCGAGGUGGAGGGCGGCGACAGCUCCAGCGCCACCUCGGGCACCGAGCACUCGGAGGUGCUGUCUUCCGGCUCGUCGGCGGCGACAGGGGGCGACUCCGAGUGCGACGACGCCGACGAGGAGGAGGUGGCGCCCGCGCAAGGGCGGGGAGGCCGCUGGGCGCGGCGACUGCUGCUGCUUCUCGUGUCCUCGGCCUGCCUCUUCUGCUACAUCUACUGUAUGAGUUCCGCUCCCUUCCCUGCUACCACUUCAGAAGGACCCAUCAGUUUCGUCGGAUUGAAUGGGAGCAUGUGUGAUGUCGGUGUUCACGAGGCAGUUCCUCUGCUGGGGCCGAUUCAGUAUGAACCUGAGGCAGGUAUAGGCCAAUUUGUGGAGGGGGGCAGUGACGAUGGUAUCCCUUUGCACGGCCCAGGAGCUUCUCCUAGCAACUUCAUGGCAGUUGCAAUGAUGGGAAUGGCAGAUGCCUGCCCUAAUGUUGCCUUCGGAGAAUUUACAUGCCAAAUUGGGGAUGAGAGCAGCGAGAUUUUGGAUGUUCUGAAGGAAGAUUCUGAAAUAGGCGAGCUGAAAUCGGAAGCGAGCAUGAGGCCACUCGAGAAUGCUGAAGAAAAUAGUGAAGUUGUAUGCUCGGGUGGAGAUGUCACUGGAGUUCCCUUUGGAUCCACCCACAGCGAUGAUUUGGAUGAGGACGAGCUAGGAUUAGUUCCUCAAGAGACAGGGGAAGAUGAUUCAGAACACUCCAUGCCACCAUCGGUCACCAUGGAUGAAAUUCUGGAAUCAGAAAGCGUGAAGGUGGUGAGUGAUGAUAAGGGUUUGGAAAGUGAGAGGUUAGAUCAAGAAGAAUUCGACUCGCUGGGGUACGAAAACACAGCAAAAGCUGCCAAGAAACUUGUUGAUAUGGUGAAAAUCCUGUGGUCUGCAGUGGAACCACAUUUGCUGAAGAUGCUGGCAUGCUUAUCUGUUGCAGGCCUUGUGACUGUUAUGUUCAAGUAUUCCCAAAGGUCUCGCAAGGUCAAGGUGCCCGUGUCACAACGUAUGCCUUCAGUUCCACCCAGGCGAGUGCCAGUAUUAGCUCCACAUAAUGCUGUGCCACUGCCGGUGUUCCAUUCAGAGCAACCUGUGCAACGGAUUGUGCCCAAACAAGAGUCAUCUGCCUGCUUGGAGCUUCCUGUGCAAACGUUGUUGUCAGAGUCAGAUCAAUCUGUGUGCCUCGAUGUUCCAUCAAUUGGUCGUAGGGAUCAUGAUCAGAAAGUUCAGCAAGAGGAUGGUAGCGUUGAAAGGCCUUCAGAUGGCAGUACUGUGGAUCAUAAAGAUACUGACAGAUCAAAGCCACCGGUGGUUCAGUUGCUCGGAGAGUUCUCAUUUGUCGAUGCAGAUAGCUCAAGACGGAGGUCUGUCAAAGACUCAAUUCAGCAUGCUGGACACGUCACGGUUCAGGAAUCCAUGUCUUUGAGGAAGCGUGUGGUCAAGACGCAAAAGGAUUCUGACAAAAUGCGAACCCCUGGUCUUGAAGCAGCAACAAAGAAGGAGACUGCAAGAGCAGAAGAAGAGAAGGUGGGUGCUACACCGACUCCACCGAGGCGUUCAAAUCGUCUCCGUAAACUGGCUUCUCCUUGAGCCAAGGCAAACACGGUGCAUUUUGUUGAUGUCAGGCUGAUUCUUCGUGUGGUGCUGGGAGCUGUGGGAGACAUCGCCUAGUUGUAACCCAACGAUGCUAAGAUUUGGUGCUGUAGCUGUAACAAGUUAGCUAGUGUAGAAGGCUUGCAGUGUGUUUGGUUCCACAGAAAACCUGUAAAAUCUGCAUUUGACAUUAUUGUACUGUACUCGUUUACCUGCCCCUAAAGGUGAAGCAGAGAUGCUGGGUGUAUUGAGCAGGUUUAGUCUUGCCCACUUUGUCCAAUUGAGCCAAGUUUCUCCUGAUUA